UCAGUGUGAGUACUGGGCUCACCUUCAACGUCUUGAAUUGUCUGCUCUGGUGUGCUCCGAUUCCUCCGCUGUUUUGAAGGCUGCUGUCAUUUUCCUUAUUUCGUAAUCGUUUCGCGUGAUUUCACGCAAGAUGUUUCGACGCUUAACACCGUGACAAAACGUCAGGGAACAUUCUUUCGUCGUCGCUAUAAAUCGACUCCGGAAUUUCUGAUCGAUCCUUGUUUCAUCGUCAGUGCUGUAGAAACUGCCAAUUCCCUCGAAGGGAAAAACACCUCCUCGAGGUGAUCGUGAACGAUGCACAAGAAAGUUAUGGGAGAAUUGCUUGGAAUAUCAUGAAGAUGCGUGUCUCGAAUCGAGUCGCGUAUUCUUCCAUGCCAGCCUAGCAUAGGGCUCAGCUUGGCCAGGCGACGAUGCAAGAUAACUCUAAAGAAAUGUUCAUCAUUAGAGCAUUGGAAAAGAUCCUGUCCGACCGGGACGUCAAACGGUCGCACCUCUCUCAACUCAGGAAAUCUUGCGAGGCUGCCCUUGAUAACUUACGAAAUGAGAUCAAGGAAGUAUCAGGCUCGCAGGUCUCAACUGCUUUACCCCAGCCUCGCAGCGAGUCAUACGUCAUAUCCGCUGAAAGAUAUUUUCUGCCAUUCGAACUGGCUUGUCAGAGCAAGUCACCAAGAAUCGUGGUCACUGCUCUGGAUUGUCUGCAGAAACUAAUCGCGUAUGGCCAUCUUACUGGAAAUGUACCUGACUCCAUAGAGCCAAACAAAUUAUUGAUUGUGCGCAUUGUUGAAACAAUUUGCGGAUGCUUCAUAGGGCUACAGACAGACGAGGGUGUACAGCUGCAGAUUAUAAAAGCCCUUCUCACAGUAAUGACAAGUCAGCAUGUCGAAGUUCACGAGGGCACUGUGCUGCUUGCCAUACGCGUUGUUUACAACGUUUAUUUGGUCUCCAAAAACCUCGUCAAUCAGACUACUGCUCGGGCUACGUUGACACAGAUAAUCAAUGUUAUUUUCGCAAGGAUGGAAACACAAGCGGAAGAAGAAAGCGUUCGGAAUGAAGUAGAACAAUCGGAAAUAAUUGUUCAUAACGCCAACUGUACUUCUGGAAGUGAGCUAGAAACUGAAGCAGCGAACAACGAAGAGCCAUCGACGGAAACGAGUCAGGAGCCCCAGCUAAUCGUUCGAGGAAUUCUGGAGGAUGUCGUGAACUCUGUUGUGCCAGAGGACUGCACCAGUACAACGAUAGUGAUUUCAGAGGAUGCAAGUUUGGACCAAGUGCCUAUGGAUGAAAACUCUGACGAGGCAGUUACGGAGUCUGACAAUAUGGUCAGGGCAAAAUUCACGCAUGUCCUACAAAAGGAUGCCUUCUUGGUUUUUAGAGCACUUUGCAAGCUUUCCAUGAAACCGCUUCUGGAUGGCAAUUUGGAUCCCAAGUCACACCACCUUAGAUCGAAGAUACUGUCCCUGCAGCUGCUUCUUGGCAUACUGCAAAACGCAGGGCCAGUGUUGCGUUCAAACGAAAUGUUCGUCAUAGGCAUAAAACAGUACCUCUGCGUCGCCCUCUCCAAGAACGGUGUCUCCUCAGUUCCUGAAGUGUUUGAACUUUCGUUGGCAUUGUUCCUCACGUUACUGGCACGUUUCAAAGUGCACUUAAAGAUGCAGAUAGAAGUGUUCUUCAAGGAAAUCUUCUUGAACAUUUUGGAAACUUCAAGUAGUUCCUUUGAGCACAAGUGGAUGGUGAUCCAUGCUUUGACACGCAUUUGUGCGGAUGCACAAAGCGUCGUUGACAUAUACGUGAACUAUGAUUGCGACCUUUCUGCUGCAAAUUUAUUUGAGAGACUCGUGAAUGACUUAUCAAAGAUCGCGCAGGGUAGGCAAGCACUAGAAUUGGGUGCCUCUCCUAACCAGGAGAAAUCCAUGCGUAUCAGAGGACUUGAAUGUCUAGUUUCGAUCUUAAAGUGCAUGGUCGAGUGGAGCAGAGACUUAUACGUGAACCCAAGCGUUCCAGCAGACCAACAGCUACCACUAGAGCCACUUGAUCCCCCUGUAGAGCUUCCGUUGCCACGUUACGGAAGCGCAGGGAGUCUGUCCUCCGCGAACUCCAGCUUGGUAGGCAACAAAGAAAUUCCUGACUCGCCUGAACAGUACGAAGUGCAGAAGCAGCAAAAGGAAGUCUGGGAGACGGGAAUCGAAAUCUUCAAUCGAAAGCCAAGCAAAGGAGUACAGUAUCUUCAAGAGCAAGGUCUUCUGGGUAAUUCAUCGGAAGAUGUAGCUCGUUGGCUCCACAUGGACGAACGACUCGACAAAACAGCGAUAGGCGAUUUUCUCGGCGACCAUAAUCACAAUCAGGUGAUGUACAGCUACAUUGAUCAAAUGAACUUUGCCGAUCGUGAUUUAGUUACAGCUCUCAGAUACUUUUUGGAGGGCUUUAGGCUGCCAGGCGAAGCGCAAAAGAUCGAUCGGUUGAUGGAGAAGUUCGCCAGCCGGUAUUGUGAAUGCAAUCCAAACAACGGCUUAUUCACAAGUGCCGAUACUGCUUACGUGUUGGGUUUCUCCAUCAUCAUGCUUACCACCGACCUUCACUCACCUCAGGUUAAAAGUAAAAUGACAAAAGAGCAAUACAUUAAAUUGAAUCGACGUAUAAGCGACAACGAGGAUCUGCCAGAGGAGUAUUUAUCAAAAAUUUACGACGAAAUAGCGGGCAACGAGAUCAAGAUGAAAUCUAACCCCAACCGACCUGGAAAACAAGUAAUAUCCAGUGAAAAGAAGCGAAGGCUUUUAUGGAACAUGGAAAUGGAAGUAAUCUCUACUGCGGCCAAGAACCUGAUGGAAUCUGUAAGUCACGUUCAAGCGCCAUUCACCACUGCCAAGCAUUUGGAGCAUGUACGGCCCAUGUUUAAAAUUGCUUGGACACCAUUUUUGGCUGCGUUCAGUGUCGGUCUUCAGAACUGCGACGACCCUGAAAUCGCUUCUCUGUGUUUGGACGGCAUCAGAUGCGCCAUACGUAUCGCUUGCAUAUUCCACAUGAUGUUGGAACGCGAUGCAUACGUUCAAGCAUUGGCGCGAUUUACUUUGCUGACUGCAAACUCUCCUAUCACGGAGAUGAAGGCGAAGAACAUCGACACUAUAAAAACUCUGAUUACUGUCGCUCAUACCGAUGGCAACUACCUCGGCAGCUCUUGGUUAGACGUUGUGAAAUGUAUCUCACAGCUCGAGCUGGCGCAGCUGAUCGGUACAGGAGUCAGACCGCAGCUUCUGGGUCCUCCAUCGAAGCCACAUUUUCCUUCGCCAUUGGUGAAUUUCACUCUGACUCACAAUAGCUCACAUCAGACCAACAAUUUGAAUCUCAGUUCGCUUGACCCAAGCGUAAAAGAAUCGAUAGGGGAAACAAGUUCCCAAAGCGUAGUAGUGGCUGUCGACAGAAUAUUCACUGGGUCUACUAGAUUAGACGGAGAUGCGAUCGUAGAGUUCGUGGAAGCUCUUUGUCAGGUCUCUCUGGAGGAAUUGUCCCAUCCGACUCAGCCACGCAUGUUCUCUCUAACUAAGAUAGUUGAAAUCUCUUACUACAACAUGGGUCGUAUCAGGCUUCAAUGGUCCAGGAUCUGGCAAGUGAUAGGAGAUCACUUCGACAGGGUCGGCUGCAGCCCCCGUCAAGAGAUCGCAUUCUUUGCGGUUGAUUCCUUGCGACAACUUGCAACGAAGUUCAUCGAGAAAGGAGAGUUCGCCAACUUCAGGUUUCAAAAGGAUUUCCUGAGACCCUUUGAGCAUAUCAUGAAAAAGAACAGAUCACCGGUAAUUAGAGACAUGGUCGUCCGCUGUGUAGCUCAAAUUGUUCAUUCGCAAGCUCCUAACAUUCGAUCGGGAUGGAAGAAUAUAUUCAGUGUUUUCCAUCACGCUGCCAGCGACAGAGACGAAGCUGUUGUCGAGCUGGCGUUUUCUAUGACGGGCAAAAUCAUCAAUGAAUUAUACGCCGAAGACUUCAGUAUCAUGGUCGACUCCUUCCAAGACGCGGUCAAAUGCCUCAGUGAAUUCGCUUGCAACGCCUCCUUCCCAGAAACAAGCAUGGAGGCUAUAAGAUUGAUACGUUCCUGCGCUUCUUACAUAGAUGCUAAUCCGAAUCUUUUCACGGAGGUCAUGAUGGAUGACAGUGGAAUGGUGUCCGAAGAAGAUAGAGCUUGGGUAAGGGGAUGGUUUCCUCUGCUAUUCGAGCUAUCUUGCAUAGUGAGCAGAUGUAAAUUAGAUGUACGAACAAGAGCACUGACUGUUUUGUUCGACGUUGUGAAGACACAUGGAGCAUCUUUCAAACCACAUUGGUGGAAGGAUCUUUUCCAAGUUCUAUUCAGAAUAUUCGACAAUAUGAAGCUUCCGGAGCAACACACGGAGAAAGCAGAAUGGAUGACCACCACGUGCAAUCAUGCUCUGUACGCCAUCGUGGACGUGUUCUCGCAGUUCUACGACACCUUGGGUCCACUCCUCUUGGAGCAACUCUAUUCACAGUUACUCUGGUGUGUACAACAAGACAACGAACAGCUAGCAAGAUCAGGCACCAACUGCCUGGAGAAUCUGGUGAUCAGUAACGGGAUCAAGUUCGAUGAGAAAACAUGGGAGAAAACCUGCUGCUGCGUCCUUGACAUCUUUGAAAGCACCUUGCCAUCAGCACUUCUGACAUGGAAGCCACAGUCGCCCAACAAGGAAUCUGACCUGGACGUGAUCAUUGGCGAAGUGGACAACCACGUGGGUAUCCUAAAGAGAAGCAACAGUUCCCAGAGCCUAACGAAUGGCGAAACUGUGAAGAACAGAGUCUUUUCCGCGCUGCUGAUCAAGUGUGUGGUCCAGCUGGAACUGAUCCAAACGAUAGACAACAUCGUGUUUUAUCCUGCCACGUCGCGCAAAGAGGACCAAGAGAACCUAGCGCUGGCGCAGGCGGACAUGUUCAACGGAAAGUCCUCUGAGCUGGGUGUCAGAGCCGGUGCUGACCAACAAAAAGAAGAACAGGGCAUGUACUGCGCCUUGACGACCACGCACCUUCUGCAACUGGUCGAGUGCCUGCUGAAGUCACACCGGUUCGCCAAAAGUUUCAAUUCCAACCACGAACAGCGGAACGUUCUCUGGAAAGCAGGAUUUCGCGGCAACCUGAAACCAAAUCUGCUGAAGCAGGAGACUCAGUCUCUGGCCUGCGCGCUGCGCAUUCUCUUCAAGAUGUACAGCGACGAGGCUCACAGAGCAGAUUGGAACAAAGUAGAAGGCAGGCUGGUCGAGGUGGCCUGUGAGGCACUAGAGUAUUUCUUGGCGCUGUCGAACGAAGCACAUAGAGACGCCUGGACACCUAUUCUGCUGCUCCUUCUGACCAGGAUCCUCAAGAUGAGCGACAAUCGGUUCGCCGUUCACGCCUCCAGCUGCUACCCCUUGCUCUGCGAAAUGAUGUGCUUUGAUCUCAAGCCGGAGAUGCGGUCCGUUCUGCGGAGAUUCUUCUUAAGGAUUGGCCCUGUAUUCAGGAUCACUCAGCAGUAGUAAUUAGUCGUUGAGAAGAUAACAGUUGCGUUCUUGAUCACUCAGUGGUUGUACAGGAUCGGUGUUCGCGACUGGGUUUGAAUGUAUUUCCAGGGUGCAGCAUAGAAAUGUCUUGUAUAGUUUUGGUUAAUUAAGUUCCUUGGUAUGCUUUCUGUUGUUAGAGAUGACUAUGUUGUGGGAGAUAUUUAAACUGAGCUGAAACUUGCAAUCUGUAGAGUGGAUUAGUCGAAUAAUUUCAUCGGAUUAAUUGAGGUAUAUGAUUGAAGAUUUACGAUGUAUAUUGUACAAGAUUUCUAACCGAAGAUGAUUUUCGAUAUUUUUAUAUAGAAUUGAUUACCAACUUUGUAAGUCCGAUAUAAGUUGAAAACUUGAUGGCUAAUAGGUACGUAGAAGUUUCGAGGAUUAUCUUAUCGUGGAUUUAAGUAUCUUUUUUAUGAUACAUUAUUUGAAACACUCUGUAUAUUUAAAACACUAGAAAAUGGUAAAUAUUUAGAUGAAAAUAAAACGAUUGAGAGCAA